GCAGGAGAAGAUGUGGCCGCCCUAGCCUCACAAUCACCAGCGUUGGCCUGGGCAAAAGCAGCAGUGAGCCAAGAUCUGGCAAGGCUAUUACUUCCUGCAGGUGGUCAGUGCCCCAUUCAGUCCACUCUUGUUUCCUGCAUAUCGAAAGCUCACUCCUCUUCUCAUUCCACCUGAACGGCACAGUCUGUUCAUUGAUUGUUGUUUCCCGAGAUGGGAUCGUCCCUCUCAUGAACCUAAACUCUGUAUGAAGCGCUCUAGAAGAGGAACAGACUCCAGAACCAGGAUAUCCUGCAUUGAAUGCAGGAAAAGGCAUGUGAAAUGUGAUGGUCAACAACCCUGCCAAAAAUGUUGGCAAGAUAACUUAUCCUGCUCUUACAAUGCACUGGCUCCGUUCCGAGCAAAGCAAUGGGAUCCUAGGGAGGCUGGCCUGCCAGACCUCCCCCCUCCGAGUGAGCCAGUAAAACGAGCAUCCAGACUUUCAUUUGUCUCUGAGAACGAACGUGUCGAAUCACGUUAUGAAGUGAUUGAGAGUCAACCAAAACCAAGGAGCACCAUAUAUGACACCGCAGGCCUUUCAUCUCCAGCUACUUCCCGAGACGGACCAUGGGCAAGUCCCUCCAGUUCAAAGGCGGGCAUACCCACUCGCAUGCCUAUCACCGAUUUAACAGAAGCUUUUUUCCUGGAACGGUAUUGUCGCAUUAUUGGACCAUGGUUUGACAUGUUCGACAUGAAGUGCAACUGGUCUCGAAACGUUCCGCAUCUGGCACUGUCCAAUAUAUCACUAUUCCGAGCUAUCAUCGCUAGCUGCGCCAAACAGUAUAGCCUAGUGGCACGCGAGAGCUCCAUCUUCGCUCUAGAUUACUACAAUCAUGCCUUGAAAGAGUUGACACAAGCACUGGACGACCCACAACUGAUCGGAUCGGCCGCAGUAUUCGCCUCAUGCCUUCUGACCGGUUAUUGUGAGAUGAUUGAUGCAAAAAGUCUGGAUUGGCACACUCACUUGCGAGGGACGUUCUCUCUAUGCGCAAGCCAAGGCUGGCAUGGCUUGUGCGGAGGCGUUGGUCAGUCUUGCUUCUGGGUCUACUGUCGAAUGGAUCUGUUGGCCUCUGUAGCCAGAGCAGAGAAGACAUCCUUGGAUACGACGAUGUGGCUCCCCGAAGGUGGUUCGCUUCGGCCAGCCGACCCGAGGCAGCAGUGGGAGCCUGAUUCUUGGUGCAAUCAAGUUGUUCUGCUCCUCGCCGAAACUCACAACCUGCUGUGUGAUGCGCGACAGUCUUCCCACCAGUCGACAAACCAGCCAUACCUGCUUGAUAGAUGGCGCAAGCUGUCAGCGAACUUGAGUGAACAUGAGUCCGGCCGACCGCCUUCAUUGCAUCCUAUCAUACAUUUACCUCCAGAAGGCCGGUCAUGUCCGUUCGAGAGACUAAUUUACGCGUCGCCUGCUGCUUGUGCUGCGACACAAAUGCUUGAAGUGGCGUCUCUGCUGCUGCUCGUAGCAUCUCCGAAUCAUGGUCCGGCCGAAAGACAAAAUCGGUCAGUAGCUGAUGAGGUCUCUGAGCGUGCACUCGCUCUCAGCCGCAAAAUCGUCAGUAACAGCAUCACCAAUCGCCUCACCAUUGCAUGGGCAAACGCAGUACAACUACUUGCUACCGCAGGGCUGGUUCUGGUGGCAGAGGAUGAACGAGCAGCACUGGUCACCAUACUGGAAGAUAUCAAGUCAGAAACAGGAUGGAGCGUCGAAGGCCACAUCCAGAGUCUGAACAGCUGGUGGAACUCAAUUGACCUUCGCUUCAACCAAGUGUAUGGUGCAGCUGUUGAGGGGACCUCCAGCGAAGACGUACUGCUCAAACGAGUCGGCGACUGCCUUGUGACCCUUGUUACCGAAACGAUGACAUAUACAUGAUGAGGUUUAUGUCCCGAUACUGUC